CCUCACAGCGCAAUUUGCGCUCUUAAUUAUUAAUUUCCUCCAAAACUCUUCUUCUUGAUUGUUAUUUUCUCAUCUCUUGCAAGAAUUUGGAGGUAGAUUUAGUGGCAUGGAAGAAGAUUGCAUGGAGCUGCCUCCAGGCUUCAGGUUUCACCCCACGGACGAGGAGAUCAUCAGCUACUACCUCACGCCGAAGGUCGUCGACCAAACCUUCUCUGCGAGGGCCAUAGGAGAGGUUAACCUCAACAAGUGUGAGCCAUGGGAUCUCCCAAGCAAGGCAAAGAUGGGGGAGAAGGAAUGGUAUUUCUUUUGCCAGAGAGAUAGGAAGUACCCUACAGGGAUGAGAACCAACAGGGCCACAAAGGCUGGCUACUGGAAAGCUACAGGCAAGGACAAGGAGAUCUACAGGGGCAGAGGAGUCCUUGUGGGCAUGAAGAAGACCCUUGUCUUCUACAGAGGAAGGGCACCUAGAGGCCAGAAGAGUAACUGGGUCAUGCAUGAGUUCAGACUGGAAAGCAAAUCCCCAUUCCCUAAUAAUUUCUCUGGAUCUACAUCAAAGGAAGAAUGGGUUGUGUGUCGGGUCUUCCACAAGAACACAGGAGGAGCGAAGAGAACAACAAGUACUCUUGGAUCAGAGUUGGCUUCAGAUGAUUUCUUAUUUGACUCCUCCACUUUGCCUCCUCGUAUGGAUAUCUCUUCCAAUUACCCAAUAAUGGCCAUGGAAGACCUGCCAUUUCUGAGCUCAAAUCCACCUCAACUUAAUGCUGUCUUCGACCCCGUACAGAAUCUGAGCUCCGCAGCCCACAACUACUUGCAUCACCAGAAUUCCUCUUUGCUGACGACGACGGCCUCAAAUAACAACCACCUUGAUGCAUCCAUCAGGAGACGUUGCAAGAUGGAGCAGAGCUCGAACCAGUCCAUGUCAAUGGGUGGCUGCUGCCGUUCGCAGGACACCGGCCAGAGCACCGACCUCAACGCCGCCGCCGAGAUAUCAUCAUCCUCGAGGAACUACAGCGGCUUCAUUGUCGAUCCUUCUUCCUCUGGAGCGGCCUUGGAUUGGGAUAACAUGUGGAAGUACUGAUGAAUGAGAGAUUUUUAGUUGAUUAAUUAUAAGCGUUUGAUUAGUAUAGAACUGGCUUCAGGACCUUUUGGUCUUGCUACUCGUAUACAUUUAUACAUACUCUUGCUGUACAUAAUUAAAUCUUUGUUUUGUGUACUAAUUUAUAUAUAGAUUAUAUAGAAGAUGUGAACAA